AUGGGCUCGCAAGGUACUGCCUCACGUCUACAGAGGAUCGCGAGACAGCUGAUGGCCUUGCUGACUCACCCUCGUCAAGGCGUAGGAGAAGUCGAUGUGCUGCAAAGCACAGCAGCAGAGCUUCAAGACCAGCUUUCAAGCGGUUCACUCACUUCGGAAGACCUGGUCUUGUAUUAUCUAGAUCAGAUCGAGAAGCACAACUCGAAAGGGACUGCACUGCAUGCAUUAACCUCAGUCACGGGCAAGGAAAGACUGCUCACUCGAGCCCGUGAACUCGAUGAAGAACGUCGGAAUACCAAAGUCCCUCUGGGGCCCCUGCAUGGGAUUCCAAUUUUAGUGAAAGAUACCAUGGCCACUCCAAGCCUCGGCUUAGAGACCACAUGCGGCUCCCUUGCACUCAAAGGCGCAAAAGGCCAGGAGGAUGCUGCUGUCAUCAAGCAGCUGCUCGGUGCUGGUUCAAUCAUUCUUGGCAAAACUAACCCAACGGAAUGGAGUGCGUUUCGAGGCUUGACAAUAUCGGGCUGGUCAGCGGUUGGAGGACAGACUCAAUCUCCCUAUGUCCGUGGAGGUCUAGUACCUGGGGACACCUUCAUGGGCCACAGUGCACCCUGUGGUUCGUCGGCUGGCAGUGCCGUUGCAGUAGCUGCUGGUUUUGCACCUGUUUCGAUUGGUUGUGAAACCGAUGGAUCACUGGUUCAGCCAGCAAAUCGCGCUGCGUUGUACGCCAUUAAGCUGACCCCCGGCGCGGUUGAUAUGACCGGCGCACAGCCGGGCAACCCAGACUUCGACAGCCUUGGUCCUCUAGCCAAGACCACAAUUGACGUGCUCAACUUGGUAAAUACUGUAUCCAACCCUGGUCGAGCUCAAAUCAAAGCAUCAGAACUCCCCAAUAGCUGGAACGGACUGAAGGUCGGAUUCGUAGACCCUCACGAAUGGCAGCCAGCAGACUUCGUGACCAAGCCAAACCAAUCUUUUACUGCCCAGUCGAUCUCAGAAUUUGAAGACGCUCGCCGCAGAAUCGAAAAGGGGGGUGCCAAAAUUGCAAAAGACCUACCGCUAAAGAAGCUUGUGCCUGAGCUCGAUAUCCUCUUACGCGCAAAGCUCAAAGACAACCUAGAGAGUUUUCUGUCGUUUCUGGAAGCACCAAAUAUCAAGACCAUCAAAGAUAUCGUCCAAUUCAACAAAGACCAUGCUGAAAAAGAGCUCCCACCUGGCUAUGAUAACCAAAGCAACUUUGAAAACGCGGUCAAGAAUGAACCAAUGUCGGCGAUCGUUUAUAAUGAAACUUUCGACCGCAUGCGCAAGACCCAACUCUCUGAUGUCAUCCUUAAUCUUGACGGCAAUGACGUGGACGUGAUCAUCGCGCCUGCUGGAGGACGCCUUGCAAGUGUGGCUGCAGCUGCAGGUUGCCCUGUGGCCAAUUAUCCCCUCGGUUUCGCAGAGUUCAACGGAAGGGCACACGGUGUGAACGUGAUCGCGAGACCUAAUGAUGAGAGGGCACUCGUCAACGUUAUGGCCAUGUGGGAGAAGACCUUUCCCGAGGCGAGAAAGCCACCACCGAGUUUGUUGUGA